UAGUGUAGUGAACACAACAGACUGUGAUCGCUGGCAGAACAUUCAUCAUGCUGUUGUCUAGUUUGUCAUUAGUGUUCUACACACACACACACACACACACACACACACACACACACACACACACACACACACACACACACUGAUCCUGAGAGAUAAAACGUUCAAGGUGUGUUUACAAGUGACACACACACAUUAGUGAACAAUCUCAUCAUAUUGAAUUAAUUUAUUUAUGAAGACAGAAGAACUUGUCUUUAUUUUUCCCUGAUACAGAAAAACAUGGUGAUGCUUAUACUUUAUUCACAACUUUUAUUUAAUACUUUAAAUAUUAGCUAUAGAAAGAUUAACCAUCUGUUAUUAUAUUUACCAAAAAACGUUGUAGUUAAACAUCCUUGUACUGAAAUCACAGUGUGAAGAUUGUAGUUUUUCUCAUUAUAUUUUAUCUAACAUUACAUUUCUCUCUCUGUUGUUUCACACGACACCUUCAGAACAGGUAAGUAAAUAACUCGACUUCACACUAAUAAUAAACACUGAUAUUUUAUUAACUUCUUUUAAAACUCCGGAAACAAAUAUGAAUAUGAUAUUUUAUAUAUUUUAUGAUAUGAUAUAAAUAUUAUGAAUGAUAAACAUUUCACAAAGAUUUUUUAAAAAAUAUAUACAAACAUAAAGACCUUUUCAGACUGUGAUUAUAUUCAUUAGCAUGUUUAAUUAUAGAACAAUGUCUUGAAUUAUUUUCUAAUAUAAUAUGCAAAACAUUUUACUAUCUUUAUUAUUAUAAUUAUUAAAAUAAAUCUAUCGAGUGUUGGGUCCAGAGUAACAGUUGUAAAAGCCUAUUUUGUUUGAUUAAGUAACCAGUGUUAUAUGGUAUGGUGCAUUUCAGUUUUAAUGUUUUUGUUCUGAAUUGUUUGCAUUUGGGAACUCACAUUAUUCAUAUGGGCCAUUUGGAUAAAUAUUUGUAAAUUUUUCAUUGAUAAUAGGUAUAAAGUUAAAGUUGUGUACUGGCUCUUUAAGAAUCACGUGGGUGAAGAUGGGGGUGUUCGCAGUGUUGCCAACUUAGCAACUUUGUCGCUAUAUUUAGCGACUUUUCAAAUCCCGCUAGCGACAUUUUUUUUAAAAAGCGACUAGCGAAAAAUCUGGCGACUUUUUCUUGUGUUACUGGAGACUUUUGGAGACUCUGAUGUGUCUGUACUGACUCUUCUCAACUUGCUACAGCAGCUGCCGCCGCGGGCCCCUCCCCCGUCCCAAAGCACUCACAGACAGGGCUGUCCUCUCGCAGGAGCCCACCCCUAGUGUUAACUAGUGUUAGUGUUGAGGGGGGUCUGGAAAAAACAAAAAAAUUUGGACUACUCUGUUAAGUUGUUAAUGUAGAUGGUAUUUAAAAAAUGUUACAAUGUUAUGGUUAAACUGUUCAUGUUUUAAGGUUCUAAGUGGAUUAUAAGAUUAUAAAGAUAAAAAAAACAAGCAAAAAAAACAACAACAGAAAAACAAACAAACAACAACAAAAAAAACUCCGCCAAAGUGUCUCAUUUGGGUCACUUUUGCCGUUCCCAAGCCCGGGUAAAGGAGGAGGGUAGGAAUUGUGACAUUAAAAAAACUAAACUAAUAACACUAGCUUUCCUGUUUUUUUAUUUAGGCUAUUAUAUAUAUUAAAAAAAAAUAAAAACAGAGGCCUACCAUAAGCAUGUAUUAUUCUUUUUCUAUUCUAUCAUCAGCAUUUGCUAAAUGCACUGUGUAUAAGCUAACUGAGACAUGGCAUAGCAUUUGCAUGUCUUUGCUCUUUUGUUGAUUUUAAUUCCUUUAAAUGUCCUCAUUUAUAAGUCCCUUUGGAUAAAAACAUCUGCUAAAUAUGAAAAAAAUUGAUAUAUAGUAAUAUAUUAUGUAUAAAAACUACGACGGUACGAUGGAGCUUUAGUGCCACGUUAAAAAUAAAAAAAAAUGUAAAUCUACAAGAAUAAACUCAAUGUUAUGAGAUAAAAGUCGAAAUGUUACAAAUGGGUUUGUCAGAUACAAAUACACAUUCUUACCAUAUUUCAAGCUUCAAAUAAGUGUCACGUAUCUUUUUGAAAGCCAUAUGACAGAAUUGCAUUAUGCAAAUUACGUGAUGACGUCAUCUAGCGACUUCUAGUGACUUCUACGACAGCCAAUAGCUACUUUCCUUACUGACGAGUUGGCAACACUGGGUGUGCGUGCUUGGGAAAACAGCGGAGUCACACAGUUUUCUUUUACCGCAUCCGUGAUUAUUUGCAUUUUGAGAUUAUAUUUAUUUAAUUUUUUUUUAUUUUUUUUAUUUUUUUUAUGUAUCUUGAAAGUGAAGAUUAAAGGACGAUAUCUGAAAAAAAAAAAAACAGUAUGUUGAUUGUUUGGACACGGAGCGAGUAAGACUAAACUGAAACAAAGAUGCGCACUCAUAACAGUUACAGGCUUUGAUCAGUAAGUGAGAUUUCACUUCCAUCAGUCAGUUGUGUGUAACCCCACUGCACUGCAAUAGAUGAGAUAUUUACCAUGUUGAGUAAAAGACACAACAAACAUGUAACAUAUAACACACACCACUGCCAGACUCCAUCAGAAUCUCUCUCCUCUUAUACACUCCAUUUUCUCCUGCACCAAUAAGGAGCUACACCUCAGUAUGGGAACGAGAUCUAAAUACACUGAUGAGGCGUUAAUGUUCUCCACAUACACAGAUCUGUAAUUACACAUGAUAAUAGCAAAACACUUUGUGUUUUUCGCAUAUUUGUAUGGAAGUGAUGGAAUAAAGACACAUAAGUUAAUGAUUUAUUUGUUUCCCGCUGCGUGACUUUUCCCUCCACAGUUAUGUUUCUGUAGCUGAUAAAUCUCUCCAGUUUGAGCAGAUGAUCAUCAGCACAGAGUAACAGAAUGUUCUGUAGAUUUACUGUGUGAUGACUAAUUGUACAUCCUUAACUAGCUUUCCUUUGUUUAUGAACAGACACAUAAACUGUGUUAUGUACAGAGUAACAGUUCAAUCAUGCACAAAACAUUUACACUUUAUUAUUCACUGUGACAGAUCAAAGGGGAUCCACAGAGGAGAGAGGAGCGAGUAAAAGACACCUUGAUUCGUCAGAGUAACAAAAAAUGGACAGAAGAUGAGAGAAUGAAAAUGAAGAACUCGGCUCUACAGACUGAACUGAAGGCAGCAUUAAAAUCACUGGAACAUAAAGACCAACAGCUGGAGGAUUAUAAAAGACAAAUAGAGAAUAAAGAUACAGAACUGAGAAACAGAGAGAAAAUCAUAGAGGAGAAAGACACACAACUCAAAGAUACAAAUACAACACUAGAGAAGACGAGUAAAGAGCUAGAGGAGAGAGACAGAGCUCUACAUGAGAGAGAUCAACAACUGAAACUGAAAGACACACAGAUACAGGAGACACAAAUACAAGUGGAGGAAAAGGACAACAGACUUGUGGAGAAGGAGAAAGAAUUAAAUGAGAAAAAUGAAGAGCUGAAGAUUCUAAAAGAACGUUUAGAGACUAAUGAGAAGACUCUUUCUGAGAGAGACGCAGUGUUGAUGGAAACAAAUAAUAAACUUCAACAUGUUACUGAACAAGUUAAAGAGAAAAUCUCACAACUGGAGAAUAUGAACAAACUGCUGAGUGAGAAAGAAACACAGAUAAAGAACACAGAUAAAGAGCUGGAAACCAGUAAAAACAAACUGGAGACACUGGGACAGGAGCUGCAGGAUGAGAAGAGACAACUAGAGGAGAUGAUGAUCGUACUGGAGCAACAGAAAACUGAGUUAACAGAAAAAAACAAACAGCUUAGAGAGAGAGAGAGACUUCUAACUGAGAGAGAGAGACAGCUAAUGGAGAGAGACAAAUGCCUAACAGAAAAUCAACAAAUGCUUCAGAUGAAGGACAAGACACUGGAAAAGAAGGACACACUGCUCAGAGAGGUGAAAGAAGAAUUAGAUAGAACAAAUCACAUGUUAGAAGAAAAUCAGUCUCAGUUGAAAGAGAAAGAAAGACAACUGGAGAGUGUAAUGAAAGAGCUAGACACCAGUAAAACCAAACUGAAGGAGGGACACAAAGAGCUGCAGGAGAAAGAGAAACUUUUAAAUGAGAGUACUGAUGCACUUAACAUGAAGAAUAAAACACUGGAAGAGAAGGACACACUGCUCAGAGAGGUGAAAGAUGAACUGGGGAAAACAAAGAGGACAUUAGAGGAGAAUCAGACUCAGUUGAAAGACAAAGAGAGACAACUGGAGAGUGUGGAAACCUGUAAAAACAAACUAACUGAACGAGACAAACAGCUUAAGGAGAAAGAGAGACUUCUAGAGGAGAAAACAAAGCAGCUGCAGGAACAGACAGAUCCAGAACCAUCAGCUCCCAUCAGGAGAAGAAACAGCAAGGAGACGUUACCUCCAUAUAUGAGUGGAGAGACUCAGGACUCAGCAGCACCAAUCAGGAGAAGAAACAGUAUGGAGGCAAUUCGUCCUUCAUUAGGUGGAGAAUCGUGUAGUCCACAUUCUCCAGUGUCGGUUCCUGUAGCAGAACUGAGGCUGGUGCUGCUGGGGAGGACGGGGUCUGGGAAGAGUGCAGCAGGAAACACCAUCCUGAGCAGAGAGGAGAGGAACCAGGCUGCUACAUCUACAUCUACAUCUACAUCCACCCAGCAGAGUGAGAGCACACAGGGGGAGGUGGCUGGGAGGAAGGUGACUGUGGUGGACACUCCUGACUGGUUCUCUCCUGGACUCUCUAUGGAGAAGCUGAGACAGGACGUUGAACUCUGCGUCCAGAAGUCUGCUCCAGGACCCCAUGCCUUCCUCCUGGUCAUACCUGUAAAGCAGCCUACAGCAGAGGAGAGAGGGAUGCUAGAGAAAAUGGAGGAUAUUUUUGGAGAGAGAUGUUGGAGAAACAGCAUGAUCAUAUUCAGUGUUACUGAUGAACUUCAAAAGAAGAACAUUGAGGAGUUUAUCCAUACAGGAGACCAGGAGGUCCAGAGACUAGUGGAGAAAUGUGAGAACAGGUUUUACUGUCUCAACAUUAAGGAGAGUGGAGAUGGUUCUCAGGUCUCAGAGCUGCUGGAGAAGAUAGAGAAGAUGGUGGAAGGAAGCAGAGAGAAAUUCUACAGCAGUGAGAUCUACCUGGAGACAGAAGCUCAGAUUAGAGUGUUGGAGACUAAGAUCCUGAGGGAAAGAGAAGAGAAAAGGAUGAGAGAGGAGAUUGAAGUGAAGGAAAAAAUAGAUAACGAGGUGCAGGACUCUCUGAGAAAAAUGGAAGGAAUAAUCCAGGAGCAUGAAGGACACAUCAGACAACUGAAUGACCGAACAACUGAACUGGAGAGAAAGAUGAAAGAAGAGAGAAAUGAAGAGAAAAAGAAAGAACUUGAGAGGGAGCUGAAACGAGAGGUAGCUCGAAGGGCAGAAAUGGAAGAAAAGGUGAAGAAACUAAAAGAAAAGAGAGAAAGGGAGAGGAGAGAGAUGGAGGAGAGGCACCAACAGGAGAUGGAGGAGAUCAGGGAGGUGUAUGAAGGAGAGGUCAGGAUGGAGACAGAGAGAAACCUCAUGAAGAUCAUCCUGCCUGAACUCCAGAGAAACAUUUUGGCCUCGAAAACAAAGAUGCAGGAAGAGUUCAGCAGACAGAUGGAGGAGAAGAACAGAGAGCUGGAGACUCUUAAAGAGAAACUUUCAGAUCUCACAGAGACUCACAAUGUGCUUGAAGAGGUUUAUGAGAAAACUGUGAGAAGCAGCUCAGAGUCAGAGAGAGCCGCUGUAACAGGAGAAGCAUCUAAGGGAAUUUCUCAGAAAUUUAAAGAAUUCUUUCACUAAAUAACAGAGUUCAUAAAGCCACAGACACUCACCCAGUCAAAGAGGAAUGUCCUAUUCUCACGGGACUAGUAUUACCUGGGGACCUCGAGGUUGUCUGUGAUCUUAAUCCUGUGUGAAUCGGCCAUGUCUGUAAUUUGUAAAGUAGAAAUUCCUCCGCAAAUGACCUACCAUAUUCCAGCGAACACUGAGGUCCUGUGAUAAUAUUAGUCCUGUGUGAAUCAGCAUGUCUGUGAUUUGGCCAGGAUUUGUUGAAGUCGUCUAUCAGUUUUUUAAAGUUUUUGUUUCCUGCGCACCUUUUUAUUUUUUAUCAAUUUUCCGUGAAGAAUUGAGGCUGUGUUGGAGUGUUUUGAGAGGAUUUUAUCAGAUCACUAUAUACAAUACAACAAUAGAACAGAAAACACUCUGCUGUUUAUAUUAUACAGUUAGACCUGUAAUGACAAUUUUUAAACAAUAGCCGAUUCAAAAUAGUUCAUAAUUAAGCGAGGAGGUUCACGUCAAAAUUCUCAAGUCAUUAGAUUUUAACCCGGUGAAAUGUAAAUGACACAGGGCACGAUAACUAUAUAUAUAUAACCGCACAUUCAUAAAUUCUCUCUCUGUCUCACACACAGUCUGCAAAUGCAUGGACGGACACACACACACACACACACGCACACACACACACACACACACCUCCUCUUUCCAUUGUAAGACACUUGCCAGGAUAUUUUCCAGUACAUUCAAGAGAUAAGUCAGUAAAUUCAAGUAAAAUUCUACACCUGUCUGAUGAUGUUGCAAAAUGAAGAGGAGGUGACUGCAGCAGUCUCUUACGCUGUCAGCAGACAAAUAAAUGGGUCCCUGUCUUUUCGUUAUUUUUUUUUCAAUUAAUCAAUAAAUGUAAUAAUAAUAAUAAUAAUAAUAAUAAUUAUAAUAAUAAUUAUAACUAUAAUUUGUAUCAGCCCCGAAUUGCAUUGGCCCACUGGGAAAAUACCCGGUAUAUCACAGUACUAAUCUGGCCCUGAUGGUUGACAUCAUGAGAAGAGAUAUUAGCAUAAGGUUAAUGAAAGGAGCUACUAAGAUAACAAACUGUUCUUUUACAUUACAAAAACUCUGCAAGGAAAUGCCCUAACCAGCAUGUAUAGUGUAUGGAUAGAGUUUAUUUUUUUUAUGUUUAAUUGGCUAUUAAUGUUUAUGAUGUAAUAAUGUAUAUAUAUAAAAGUUUAAGUAAGUCUUUAUUUGUCACAUAUACAUGACUGUACAGUAAAAUUCUUCUUAACAUUUCCCAGCGAGUGUUGUGAGUGGGGCAUUUUAAACAUUUUACAAAGUGUAGAAAUCUUAUUACACCUCAAUGUGAUCAAUGCCUUUUAUACUAUAUACUAUAUACUAAUUUUGACAAAAUACUAUGUAAAUAUAGAUGAACAUUUUAUCUAUUUAUAUUUACAGUUCAUGUUGUGGUACAUCCUCAAAACACUAGUUGCUGCUAGAAGCACAACCACCAGACAAUUUUUUUUUUAAAUUUUAUUUUACUUUAGGUCAUGGCCGGUUAUACAAGCAUUUCACUGCAUAUCAUACUGUGUAUGACUGUGUAUGAAUGUACAUGACAAAUAAAAUUUGAAUUAAAUUUGAUUUCAAACAAAGCAAAAAGUGUCAGAGAACCGAUUUUUACUGUAAGUUCAGAUCGCUUGAUGGUUUUACAGAUGUUUUCUGUUCAUUAUUUGUUUGUUUGUUUGUUUGCCUGUGUUGUGUUGCGAUGUUUUCAUUAAAACCAUGAAAAUACAUUUUGCUGGGACGGUCUGAGCAAUUCUGCAAAUCCAUAUUCGACAUAAUUUGAAUGUAUUUCGCAUCACUGAUCAACA